AUGGAGCAAUUUGCAGAACACGGCGCAUGGGUUUCGAAAACGGUGCAGGUUGUUGCAGAGACAAGGGACGAGCCCCGCGGCGCUGGGAGGUACAAGGCUGUGGUUGCGGAUUUAGAGAGCUGUGUUGGCAAGUGGCAAAGAGCACCACCGCAAAGUCUGGGCAACGGGAAGCAGCGCUGGGUGACUGAAAAGCGCCGGCAGAUGCGUGCAACUACGUUUCGGCUACCUUUUGCUUCGGUUACGUUUCUCCUCGCCCGAAGUGGGGAAUGUGAGCUGCAGAAAGCUCCCUGUGCGAUAAUUGUCUGUGAUGGUGUACCAAAGCAUCGGAAGGCGUGGCUUCGAUUCUCCAAGUUCUCGGUCGACGACUCCGACAAGGACAUCCGCAUAAUGGACGAGAAGGAAAAGAUCUUCGACCUUUACCUCUGGAACGAGGUGUUGCAAGAAGAGGGGGAUGGUGGCAAAGUUGUUGUCUGUGAGCCAAAGCCAGCUCAUUCGGAUGUACCCUUCCGAACUUACGUCAUGAAGAUGCGCUCAAAGAAGUCUUUGCGCGAGGCGACGAUGGAAGAGCAGUUCCGCAAGUCAUUGUUCAGCCUCUUGAACCUCCCUGAGCAUACUGGCGUUCUUCCCCUUCAAGAGGUCUUGGAAGACAGCCAGUUUUACUAUAUUGUUAUGGAGCAGGCCACUGGAGGCUCCUUUUUCGGCGGCUUGCUGAGCGAGUUUGAGGAUGGAGUGAUGCCGCCUCAAGAAGUUCGUCGCUUGAUGCGCGGCAUCCUUGAGGCGAUCGGGCACGUGCACGAGCGGGGCAUCAUCCACCGGGAUCUCAAGCCGGAUAACCUGGUCAUGCGGCUUUGUGACGAUGUGGCAAGCCCAACAGGCAAGUCUCGUCAGGUAGCCAUCAUCGACUUUGACCAUGCAGAUCCGGACUACCAGGCUAGUGUGAAGACACCCAGAGCCUGUGAGUACUUUUGCGGCACUGUGUAUUUCAGCGCGCCGGAAGCCUUCCUCGGUUACUUCUCACCUGCAAGCGACCUCUACAGCAUAGGCAUCAUUCUUUACCUGCUGAUGGCUGGGAAAAUGCCCUUUGACAGCUCGCUGUAUCAAGAGGAAAUGUCAGUGCUCCAACAAUCACCGAAGAGUCGUGCCUGGACCAUGAACAUCUACAAGCGAUUGAAAUCCAAGCCGAUCGAUUGGAGGUGCGAUCCGUGGCCAAAGCAGCCCUUGUGUUGCAGCUUCUGCCAGUGGCUCCUUGCUUUUGAGCCUGGACAAAGGCCCGGCACGACCAGUAAGGGGUCUCACAAGGUAGAGUUUGCAGAGUUUGCAGAGCUUGGCAGAGUUUGCGCAUGGCUUGUGACAUCCUGCCGGGCAAGAUGGUAG